AUGGCUCCAGGAAGAGGAAGGAAGCCCUCAGGGACUCGGGUAGAGGCAGCCGGCUGCCCCUGCGGGAGUGCGGGGCUACGGCUUGCUCCUACCACUGCUGGCGGUGUGGCCUACCGGACAGCCCCUGCCUGGCAGCGUGCAGCAGAAGCGAGCAGGGAGCAGCCAAUUCCAGCCUGGGAGGAGGAGCAGCACCCGCAGGGGUGGCCCAUGGGGAGGGGGGCUGCCAGCCCACCAUGUGGUGACAUGGAGCUAAUGGGGAGGAGUGGGAUUUCAGUUUUUCGGCUCUUGGGUUUUACAGAGGCAUAUAAUCUCAUUAAAUUCCAACCUUCUAACUAUUCUCAAAUGAUUUUUACAGAGGCGUCUAUUACUGAAUAUGAGCAUUCAAGGAAUGAAGAAAUAAUGAAAAACAACCGAGAGCUAGAGAGGCUUGGUAUCAAGAUAUUAGUGCCCAUAGUGAACAAUACAUCUGUGAAGAGAAAGGGUGAAGACCAUAAAGUUUCUAGAUUGUUGUAUACAGGUCAGGAGAGUGGUCAGGGGAGUGAGGACUGUGAAGAUGAGGAGUUAAUUAGCAAGGUUGCUAAUGUUGCACAUACAAAGAAUCCAACAAGGUCUGGGAACACCUCUGUUAGAGGAACAAAAGCAUCUAAGAGAGUGGUUGCACCUCAGGAACAAGAUGUGCCUAACAGAGUCACUAGGCAGAAAACAAGGGAUCUAGCCUUGGUUUCAAGUCCAGACCCACAACAAGUGAUCAACUUAGGCCUGCCAAAUACCACACCCACACAUGAUGUGUUGGUUUCUGGUAGUGAUCCCUCCCUGCAACAGGACUUGGUUGACAUUACAGAUGAAGGCAAAGACGAGAAAUACAAAGAUGUAGAACCUACUGCGUUUGAUCUUUUCAAGGACUUCCACUGCAGCAAGAACAAAGGAUUCAAUGAGCCUAUCAAGAAAGCUAUUGUUGAUAUGGAAACGAUCAUGGCUGAACUAGUACAAGAUGAAGAGCAACCAAAGUCAGUGAACCAUGUUGUUUCUCAAGUUGUGAAAUCAACUACAUUUCUUCAAGUUGCAGGAAUUCAACCAAACUCCAACAAUAGCUCUAAAGGUGGCACUUCCUCAAAGAUUUCUGCUUCAUCAAGACAUAGACCAGAUUUGUGCCUCCUCAAUAUAUAUACCUAG